CAACCGUCAACGUUCAAACGGUUGCUUCAAAUGCUUCAAGACUGGCGCGUAUUUUCACACGUUUUUGUUGUUCUCUGAGUCAUUUUGUCAAUCAACAGUGCGUAAUCCAUUUUUAUUCUUCACGUUUCAGAUAUAUUUUUGUGUUAGUCUAGACAAUAUUAAACAAGAAUGACUUCAACAAAGUUUAAUGUCGGGUUGGGUUCAGCUUCACGCAAUUCUAGCAAGGUCCUGAAGCCCCCGGGUGGUGGAAGCAGCGACAUUUUCGGAACCACUAACGACCCAGAACCACAACAGCGGAAAACAAGAAACCACCUGACCUCCUCAAUAUUCGGCGGCGAAGAGAGCCAAACACCGGCGAGGAAAGCUGAAAACCACGUGGCGACCACCAAUGGUGACAAGGCAGAGCCAGUAGUGAACGGGUCAUCGUCUGCUCCAGCUCCAGUAGCCGCCCCCGUUGUCACUCCUGCAGCCCCAUCAGCCACCAGCGCCCCGCCCUCUAGACAGCGUGUGCCUCCCGGCGGCUUUUCCUCCGGCCUGUGGUGAAUCGCUGUCUUCGCUUUUGAGUUUUCUACUUUUUCUAUUGUCAAGUCUUCUUAUUUGUAAACAUUGUGUUAUAAUUUAUAAAAAAUAAUUGAUGCCUUCAAAUCUUGUUCAUGUUGUGUUAAGCUAAAGUUUCAUGUUUAAUCGCAGAAUAUUUGCAGAAUAAAUUGAUUUGUUGGAAUGUGCUUCCUUAUUGUCGGCUAUACUGGAAUAUUCUGAGAAUUUAUCUUGUCUUGUUAUGCUUCAAUUUUGCUCGAUAACGAAUGUAAGACUUGUAUGUUAAGGGUGGGUUGUUUAUAGUACUUAUGUAUUAUUUUUUCUUGACUCGCAAGUUCUGUUCUGCAAUAGUAAUAAGUAUUAUUUAUGUAAGUGACAGCGGUCCAAGUUAACUAACUGUAUCAAACUAAGUUUAUUUAGAUGUUAGUGACUCAAAUACAAUCUGUAUUAUAAGUUGAAUGUUCAACAAAUGACUUUUUGUACUUUUUAUAAACUUAUUGGUUUGUAAUUUGGUCAAAGUUAAUGUUUUCUUUUAUAUCUGUUUCCAUUCAAUUAUUUUCCAAACCGUUAUACUACCUAUUAUUUAAAACACUGUUUGGUUAUUUAAUAAAAAUUCAAUUUCACAGUUAA